CUUUCCUGUAAUCGUAGUCGUAUCCAAAUCGCCCCGUAUUAGAAGAAAGAGAUAAAUUCCGAGAAAUGAUGAAGCGGUGGACAUGAAUUUAAUAUUUUGCAAAUUCGUUCAGAGGUUCCCAAUUUCCCAAUCUAUGGAUACUCCGAGCUCUCCGCCUCCUCUCUAUUAAGGACACGCCUCUUUAAUCAAUUUUCUUCCUAGGUGCUGUAGUGGGUUUCUGUAUCUAGAAGCUUCUGUUGAGCUCAUUGAUAGGUGUUUUACGUGAGAAUGAAUCCAUAUAUUGUCGGUGCUUUUCUGCCCAUUCUGUUAUCUUUGAUAUUCCAAAAAACAAAGAGCAGGAAGAAGCGUGGCUUACCAGUAGAUGUUGGUGGAGAGCCUGGAUAUGCACUUCGCAAUUACCGUUUUGAUGCACCUGUGGAGUCACUUUGGGAUGGGGUCACAACCAUAUCUGAGCUGUUUGAGCAAUCCUGCAAGAAGUUCCCAAACAAGCCCUUGUUUGGAACUCGAAAGUUUAUUUCCAAGGAAAGUGAAAAGAGUCAUGAUGGAAGAUACUUUGAGAAGUUUCAUCUUGGGGACUAUGAAUGGCUAAAUUAUGUUCAAGCUUUUGAUACUAUUUGCAACUUCGCUUCUGGUUUAAUCCAGCUUGGUCACAAAAAGGAAGAGCGUGUUGCGAUCUUUGCUGACACGAGGGCACAAUGGCAGAUAGCUUUACAGGGUUGCUUUCGGCAAAAUCUCACGGUAGUUACUAUAUAUGCUUCUUUGGGCGAGGAAGCUCUUUGUCACUCUUUAAAUGAGACAGAAGUUACAACUGUCAUAUGCGGACAAAAGGAGUUGAAAAAACUCAUCGACAUAAGCGGACAACUUGAUACUGUAAAACGUGUAAUUUGGAUCAAUGAGGAGGGCAUUUCAAACGAUACUUCACAAUUUCAGAAUGCUGCUUCAUGGACCGUCUCCUCAUUUGUUGAAGUAGAGAAACUGGGCAAGGAAAAUCCUGUUGAAGCAAAUUUGCCUCUUUCAGCUGACGUCGCUGUCAUAAUGUACACUAGUGGGAGUACUGGUCUACCUAAGGGCGUAAUGAUGUCACAUGGGAAUGUCUUGGCCACCGUUGCUGCAGUUAUGACAAUUGUACCUGGGCUAGGUAGUAAAGAUGUCUACUUGGCUUACUUGCCACUAGCUCAUAUUCUUGAAUUAGCGGCAGAGUCUGUUAUGAUUGCUGCUGGAGCUUCUAUUGGAUAUGGUUCACCUUUGACUCUUACUGACACAUCAAACAAAAUAAAGAAGGGAACAAAGGGUGAUGCCUCAGUUUUAGGACCUACUUUAAUGACUGCUGUACCUGCUAUUCUUGAUCGCAUUCGAGAUGGUGUGAGGAAAAAUGUAAAUGCGAAGGGUGGACUAGCGAAGAAGCUAUUUGACGUUGGAUAUAGUCGUAGGUUUGCAGCAAUUAACGGAAGCUGGUUUGGUGCAUGGGGCCUGGAGAAACUGCUUUGGGAUUUUCUGGUAUUUAGCAAAGUUCGGGCAGUUCUGGGUGGAGACGUUCGUUUUCUACUUUCUGGAGGGGCUCCUCUUUCUGGUGACACUCAAAGAUUCAUCAACAUUUGCCUGGGAUUGCCUUUAGGAGAGGGGAAGGGAGUUGAUGAAACCGUGGAUGCAAUUGCUUUCACCGACCGAGAUGAAACUCCUGUUGGCCAAGCCAAACCCCCAAUCCCCUGUUGUCUUUUACAGCUAAUUGAUUGGCCAGAAGGUGGAUAUUUAACGACAGAUUCACCAAUGCCACGUGGUGAAAUUGUUAUUGGGGGACCAAAUGUGACUCCGGGGUAUUUCAAGAAUGAAGAGAAAACUAAGGAAGUAUACAAGCUUGAUGAAAGGGGCAUGAGAUGGUUUUACACUGGGGACAUUGGACGCUUUCAUCCAGAUGGUUGCCUUGAAAUCAUUGAUCGGAAAAAAGAUAUUGUGAAACUUCAACACGGUGAAUAUGUUUCUCUGGGAAAGGUAGAGACUGCUCUUAUUGUGAGCCCAUAUGUCGAAAAUAUCAUGUUGCAUGCUGAUCCUUUUCACAGCUAUUGUGUGGCCCUUGUCACAGUGGCAUCACACGCUCUAGAAAGUUGGGCUCAGAAGCAGGGAAUCACUUUCAGCAACUUAUCUGAUCUAUGUCAAAAGGAAGAGGCUGUGAAAGAAGUGCAUGCAUCACUUGUAAAGGCAGCAAGAGAAUCACGUUUGGAGAAAUUUGAGAUACCUUCGAGGAUCAAAUUGCUACCAGAACCAUGGACUCCUGAAUCCGGUCUGGUAACAGCAGCUCUAAAACUCAAGAGAGAAGCCCUCAGAAAGGUAUUCACCGAAGAACUCUCCAAGUUGUAUGCUUGAAGAAGCCAUAGUCAAGUUCCGAAAAGAAUAAUUUCAAUAAUAGUACUGUGGUUCUUAUAAAAUACUCCCUGUGGUUUUAUUUCCUCCUACUUUACAAAUUUUAGUAGUUCCAACUUGUUAAGAUAGCUGAACCCAUGACUAAUCUGCUGUUAUGAAUUAUUUCACAUUGAUAGUAAACAAAAUAUUCAUGUAAUUUAUAAGGCCAUUUGCCAGUUUGCAUCCCUAUCCACAAAAAUGUAGUUCUA